AUGAGUCGAAGUGAGUCCGACGUGAGAGACCAGAUUGAGUCCAACGUGAGAGACCAGAGUGAGUCUGACGUGAGAGACCGGAGUGAGUCCGACGUGAGAGACCGGAGUGAGUCCGACGUGAGAGACCGGAGUGAGUCCGACGUGAGAGACCGGAGUGAGUCUAACGUGAGAGACCAGAGUGAGUCUAACGUGAGAGACCAGAGUGAAUCCGACGUGAGAGACCAGAGUGAGUCCGACGUGAGAGAGCAGAGUGACUCCGAAUUGAGAGACCGGAGUGAGUCUGAAAUGAGAGACCUGCGUGAGUCCGACAUGAGAGACCAGAGUGAGUCCGACGUGAGAGAGCAGAGUGACUCCGACAUGAGAGACCGGAGUGAGUCCGACGUGAGAGAGCAGAGUGAGUCCGACGAGAGAGACCAGAGUGAGUCCGACGUGAGAGACCGGAGUGAGUCGGAGUGA